AUGGACAGCAUAUAUGAGAUGCAAGGCCAGUCCCAUGAUUCAUUGCUAGCUGGCGGAGCUAAAAGGGCCAAGCCAAGGGAUGAUGUGGAAGGAAAGCCUUCACCUCAACAGGUGACUCUCAAGCGCACCACAGGUUUUAUGGCUGCAGGCAAGCCAUGGAGGCAACGAAAGCAGCUCUUGCAGCACCUUGUGCCGCAGUUAAAUUUAGCACACUUCACAAUGGGGGAGACGGCAUCCCCUCCUCCUCCCGGAGCCCAUUACGAUGCGGAGCAUCAGCCGCAGUCGGGCUGGGCCAGUGUCUCGGGGAGUACUAAGGGGCCAACCCUUCAUAACUUGCAACCUCAGACAAGCGCUCUCAGCCAGUAUGACUUUCAGGGGGCUCCCAGCCAGUGUGGCUCAUAUCACUGGGAGUUCUGCAAGCUGGGAAAGGAUACAACUGAUUACGUCGCUUAUGUUGCCAAGGAUCCCAUCAACCAGCGAGCUUGCCACAUCUUGGAAUGCUGCGACGGAUUGGCGCAAAGCAUCAUCAGCACCAUCGGGCAGGCCUUUGAGCUCCGCUUCAAGCAGUACCUGCAUAGCCCUCCCCAAACUGUAGCACCCCAGGAGAGGACAAUGGGAGUGGACGAUUCUUGGGGUGAAGAGGAAGACUCCUCGGGACACAACUAUUACAACAGCAUCCCCGGGAAGCAGCCCCCACUUGGCGGUCUGGUGGACUCUCGCCUCCAUUUUGGAUCGGCUUCCAGCCACACACUCUCUCUGGGAUCCUACGCCACCCAUUUCAGCCAGGUUGGGGCUUCAGCCAGAAGGGAGCCCAGCAGUCACUCAAACCUGAACUGGGAUGCUGAUCUUUCUGGUCAAUGCUGUGACGGCUACGUUCAGGCAGACAGCAAACCUUUGGGCUCUCAAGAUUACGAACAGCACAUGUAUGUCAACACCGAAAACUUCAACAGCUGGGAGGCCAACGUUGGGAAGCCGGAUGAGAGCCCUCCCAAAGACCUUUUCGAUAUGCGGCCUUUCGAAGACGCUCUGAAGCACCACGAGUCCAUGUCAGCUUGCGGGGUGCAGAGCGGGCUCCAAAUGGAGGACCAGUGGCCCAGCCCGCCCAGCCGCAAGGCUCCCAUUGCGCCCACCGAAGACCAGCUGAAGCAGGAACUGUGGUACCAUGGCAAGAUGAGCCGACGGGAUGCGGAGAAAUUGCUGCACACGGACGGCGAUUUCUUAGUCCGGGACAGCAUCACUAACCCCGGGCAAUAUGUCCUGACGGGGAUGCACAGUGGGCAGCCAAAACAUUUGCUCUUGGUCGAUCCUGAAGGAGUGGUGAGAACAAAGGACGCCUUGUUUGAAAGCAUCAGCCACCUCAUCAAUUAUCACCUGCAGAACGAACAGCCAAUCGUGGCUGCCGAGAGCGAACUCCACCUGCGGCAGGUGGUCAGAUGGAAGCCAUGA